AAAUAAAAGAAAAUAUGGUUAGAGGUUAGUGAAUAAGGGGAAGGGCAAGAUUCGUGAGACCCGGCACCGUUUACUCCAUCACACUACUGCUCACAAUUCACCAUACCCAUACCCAAACCCUCCCUUCCCCUUUCCUUUUUUGUUUUUCUCUUUCCCUAUCUAUCUUUGGCGUGAGGAUGUUAUUUUCUUUUUAUUAAUACCCUCAUCUCCUCCUCUCUCUCUUCUUCAUUUUUCAUUUUUAUUAUCACAUCAUUUCUCAUCAAUAAACAACACCACCACCCCAAUCUAUUUUUCCAAUAAUUUUUCAUAUGACCCUUUGUUCCUCCCAUCUCCUUCUUCCCUCUCUCAUCUAUUUCUCCCUCUUUCUUUUAGCAUUGAAACUCAUCAUGCCUUAUUGUUACUUUUAUUGUUAUUAUUAUUAUUCACAAUUCAUGUUGAACAAGUACUACUUUUGUAAGAAAAUUGUCCACUCUUUUCUAGGUUUAUCAAAUACAAAUAUGGUUUCUCCUCCUCCUGUUUCCAAAUGUGGGUUAGGGUUGAUCAGUGCCAACGAAUCCAAUCCCAAUGUUAUUGAGUCAUCCUUAUUACACUUGCACAAUACUAAAACUAUUUCAAUGCCAUCAACAUCACCACCAAAAAAGAAAGACCCUGGUGGCAUAGGAUUUAUAGAUGAUAUGGGUGGUGGUGCUGGGAUUGAUGGACUUAUGUCAUGUACAGAGAGCUUAGGGUUUGAGAGUUGUUAUGAAAGAGAUGAUGGUGAUGUUGAUGAUAGGAGUAAUGGUUAUAAACAUGUGAAGCUUUGUGAAGAUGAAAUUAGGGAUAAUAAUAGGUGGAGGAUUAGGAAAAGGAGGGAAGGGAGGAGUCAUAUGAAGUUUCCACCACCACUAUCUUCAUUGAACCAAAACGGUCAGCCUUGUUUUUACCUAAAGCCUGUAAGGGAAAAUGGGAGGUUGGAGUUAACUGAAGUUAAAAUACAAAGGCCAGAGAUUUUACGUUCUGUCAGGCAAAAUGGUCGCUUGAGAUUGCAUCUUGUUAGCAGUGAUGUUUGCUCUAAUAUCAACCAAGAAGAGGAAGAAGAAGAAGAAGAAAAUGAAGAGAUAAAUCAAGAAGAACAAGAACAGGAAGUACUUGAUUUGCAAGAAGAAGAAGAAGAAGAGAUGAAGGUUGAAGAAGUAUGGAAGUAUAGAGUGAAUGGAAAAGGUUCGAGAAGAUGUCAUGAGAUGGUUGUGAGCCAUCUUCAUAAUGAUUAUCAUCAUCGUCAACAUCAUCAUAUGAAUGACCAUCAUAGCUUGCAUGUGUGGAGGCAGCCAUGUGUCUCCAUAAGGUAAAUAACCAAAGAGAUGGGAUUACUGUUAGAAAAUGGUUAAAGGUGAAAAUAAAGAAUAAAAAAGACGAGCUUGAUAAAUGUUAUGUGUUAAGGUGUUUAGUUGAGGAAGAUCGAUGUUUCAUAGUACGUUGGGUUAGUGUUUAGCAGAGACAGAAGAAGCAUGAUGUGUCUCGACGAAAUUAGGAGGUGACGGAUGGGUAAUCUCCAGGCGUCAGCACUGAGUAAAUAAUAAUGAUAAUGAUAAUAAUUUGACACUUUAUUUUCUUUCAUUUCUAGAAUUAAAAAAAUUCUGGAACUUUCAUCUUUUAUUUUUCUAAGAAAAUUGUUGAAUACCAAAAGUACCCAAAUCCUUUUUUGCUUAAACUGAUAGUAGAAUAUUUAUAUAUAGUGAAUGUGUACUCAUGUAACCAUGGGUACAAAUUUAUGUGUACAUAUAUAUUAAAAUAAGCUUAUUAUGUGUUGUACAGCUUGAAGUAUGGCAAUAAAAGUGGCAACAAAUGUGUUUGGUGCAUCAAUGAUUUCCACCCUAUUAUUCCCCUUUAGGGAGAACUCAGUUGAAUUGAGUUGGGCACAGUUCAUUGAGACGCACUUAAUUUCCCCAAUAAUCAAUUGAAGAAAGUAACGGAUAGCGACUCUUUGUGAAUUGACAUUAAAGCAGAAGCAAAGAAUAUGGAAGCCAAAAUCAUAGCUUAUGGAAGCACGAAACCUAUAAAAUUGACACCCAAAAGUUGAUGAAAAUUGAUUUGAAAUGAUAAUACACCAGUCAAGACUCACUGAGUCAAUUAUCAUGGAUCAAAACCAUUGAUUUGUUAUAAUUUAAAAUUGGCACAAAAGCAUGAAGCAAAUAAUUUCUCAAUUUCAGCAUACUUAAUUUCUCACUUAAAAAGUCUGCUGUGGAGUGUUGAAUCACAUGUCGGAUACAGACCAGAGAUACGCCUCCCUUUCCGUUGCCCGUUUCUCGUUUAAUUUGGUGAACAUUUUCUUCUCAAAACCUACACAAGAUGCAGAGCA